AUGACUAGCCGACGCCGUAGCAACGCAAGUGUUGACUCCAACGAGUUCUCCUACCAGCCUGGCCCAUCAUCGCACACUCCCAUGAGGCCCUUCACCACUGGAGCAGCCACUGGAGAGGCACACGUCAAGUUGACUCCUAUAACCAGAAAGAUAAGCAAGGCCAAGAAAGGUGUUCCAGUUCACACAUGCAACCAGUGCCCCAAGACCUUCUCUAGAGCAGAGCACUUGAGACGUCAUCAGCUCAGUCACUCAGCUCCUGAUUUAUUCUGCCCGGUCGAAAACUGUAAUAAGACUUUCCAUCGCAAGGACCUCCUCGACCGUCAUGUUCAAAGACAACACCCUCGAGCAGUAACGGCAAACAGCAGCUCGAAUAUGGCUGGUUCAUGGCCAUCAGUGGCAUCGACAUCUGCUCCUCAUCAGGCCUACAAUCCGCCGCCAACCGUGAACAAUUCCUCAGAUAACUACCCCAUCGGGCCAAACAACUAUGUGCUCCAUACACUACCAACGAACGACAGUUUUGUAGCAAGCUAUUCGGAACCAAGAAACAUGUCCGGCAUGUCCAUAAUAUCAUCCAUCCCUGAGGAAGCACCCCCGGAUCUAGGCUGGCCUGAAAGCUCAAUGUCUUCAUCAGCUCCUACAAGUACAUUCUCGACUCCCCCAGAUAACACAAGGCGCUCACAAUUCUCCGUGCCAACAACGAACGGGUCUUGGAUGACCGCGACUCCAGCUUACCCAACGACUGCAAAUGACAUCACUGCCAGUCUGGACAGCAACACAUACCCUGGCUCGUAUUCAUAUACCGAUACUCCACCACAAGCAUACCCGUCUGUCUUUGGUGAUAUGGAUCUUGCAUUACCUGGAUACUCCGAAGGCCCUUCUUUCAGCACUACCAAUCAGAUCCCUAUUCCUGCAGUUCGUAGCAUGUCCCCUUCAUUAGCUGUCGCUCAAUCUGAGACUUUAUUAGCUGUCUCCUCGCUGCCAACAUCAGAUGGAGCUUUCGGAUUGGGGGCAUGUAGCUCUGGGCCUUCAGAUGGCAGCUUAUUGAGUACUCCUGAUCUGAUGCCCCUAUCUCUCCCUGCAGCGACGAGAGACUCAAUUCCGACAUACUUAGAAACCUAUUGGGAGCAUGUCCACCCCAAGAACCCCAUCAUCCAUAAGCACACUUAUGAGGAUGUACCCGAGGAGGAGACAGAGCAUGUACAGGUCCUCCAAUGCGCCAUGGCUGCUCUGGCGACACAAUACAUCCCUAACGCAGACGACCGCAUGAAGGGAGCUCAGCUUCAUGCACACGCCUGGCAAAAGUCAAAAGUGCUGAAAAGUGGUCAAUGCCAGUACAGCAAACUAUUGCACUUUGCGAGUAUUAUGCUCGGUUUCGUGGUAGAAAGCCACACUCACAUCAGCCCUCUGCUCGGUUCACUGCACUUUACCACAGGGUUUUUAAUCAUCACCAUGAAUCUUCUUCUCGCUCUUCGCCCCGAGGUCAGUCGGCUUGGAAGAUCUGGGUUGCUGCAGAAACUCAACGACGACUGCUGGCUGCCUGCUUCCUCCUGGAUGUCCACAGUUCACGGUAUCAUCAACGGCCCAACAACAACAAAAUCCUGGGAAGCACAUGAUCCUAAAACAUGGACAAGACUACGGACAAGAAAGGACCCGAAAACCAUCUCAAGCAUCAACAUGAGGAUGCUCUCUGCCACUGAUGUAGCAUCUCUGCCUGCCUUCGACGCGGCAAUCUUGCUUGCAGCAUGCUCAUUAUUCAUUUCGCGUCGUCAGAACUCAGCACACGUUGGCCUGAUGGAGGGUGCACUGAACUUUGAGUCGGAGAGAAUGCUUAUGUUAAGAGCAUUUCCUGACUCGGCAGUUGCUAGUUCUUACCUGGCUCUUCACUACACACCUCUUUACUACCUAUUAUCAGUAUCUGGGCAGAGCUGGGUCUUCAACAAGAAGGUGACGGACUUUAAUAUGUUUGUGGAACACCAGAGAUUACUGGGCGAAUGGUGUAAAUCUAGCACAGCUGCAAUCGCCACUGUUUUUGCUGCCCGUGCUUUGAACAUCUUCCUUAACCUCAAAGCUUCAUCCGAUCAGGGAGAAGACAGAGAAGGAAAAUCCAACCAGCAACAAACAAUACAUUGGACAGAUAUUUCGGACUACUGGGGUGUUUACGUUUGCUCGUUGAUCUGUUGGGCCUUUGGUAUUGAGGAUAAACAGGACAAGGACAAUACCAAAAUUUUGCCAAAAGCCGCAAAGCAGUGGAUAUUGACAGUUGCGGAUCUGGAGCCAUCCGAGUUGCAAGCUCAGAAUCACCGCAAUGGGGCUCAAAAGGUUGUAAGUCUUGUGAAGGAGGCGUUGGAAAACGAUUGUCUGGGCGGAGGAAACAUUCUUUUUGCAGAUGCCAUGAACGUUUUAAAACAACUAGAAAGGGGGGCAUCUGCGAGGUCGUGCCCAGCUGUUUGA